GUGCCGCUGCAUCCCCGCGUCCAGUGCUUACGUCCCGCCGCCGUCGCCACCAUGCCCAAGAGAAAGGCUGAAGGGGAUGCUAAAGGAGAUAAAGCCAAGGUGAAGGAUGAGCCACAGAGAAGAUCUGCAAGGUUAUCUGCUAAACCUGCUCCUCCAAAGCCAGAGCCCAAGCCUAAAAAGGUCCCUGCAAAGAAGGGAGAGAAGGUAUCCAAAGGGAAAAAGGGGAAAGCUGAUGCUGGCAAGGAUGGGAAUAACCCUGCAGAAAACAGAGAUGCCAAAACAGACCAGGCACAAAAAGCUGAAGGUGCUGGAGAUGCCAAGUGAAGUGUGCAUUUUUGAUAACUGUGUACUUCUGGUGCCUGUACAGUUUGAAAUACUAUUUUUUAUCAAGUUUUAUAAAAAUGCAGAAUUUUGUUUUACUUUUUUUUUAAGCUAUGUUGUUAGCACACAGAACACUUCAUUGUUUUGGGGGAAGGGCAUAUGUCACUAAUAGAAUAUCUCCAAAGCUAGAUUGAUACAAGGGGAAAAACACCUUUCCCUUCUAGUUUUGAGAAACUUCCUCUUGGCUCCCAGGAGGAGGGAUUCCUUGAUGUUGACACACAUGAGCCACCUUGG